AUGAAUACAACAUUUAAUGAAAUUCCAAUUCUUAAAACAAAAAUUAUUACCGAUGAAUCAUAUCAUAAAAAUUACAAAGAAAUGUCGGAUAUAGUUAAAAUAUUAAAUGAUAGAUUAGAACAAGCAGCUAGUCAAGGAAGUGAAAAAGCAAUAAAUGUUCAUCUUAAAAGAGGUCAAUUAUUAGUUCGUGAUAGAAUUGAUUUACUUUUAGAUGAAGAUUCCCCAUUUUUAGAAUUAUGUCCACUUGCAGGAUGGGAUCAAGAAGAUAUGACAUUAGGUGGAUCAAUUGUAGUAGGUAUAGGAUUAAUUUCUGGUAUAGAAUGUUUAAUUUCUGGAAAUGUUCCAACAUUAUUUGGUGGAUCAUCAAAUGAAAUUAGUGUAAUUAAACAAUCAAGAAUGAUGACUAUAGCUUGGGAAAAUAGAUUACCAUUAAUUCAAUUAAUUCAAACUGGUGGAGCAAAAUUAGAUCAACAAUCAAAAGUAUUUAUUCCUGGUGGUAGUCAAUUUCGUAAAUUAGCUGAAAGAACAAAAAAAGGUUUACCAACUUGUAGUAUUGUAUUUGGUAGUUCAACUGCUGGUGGUGCUUAUACUCCAAGUUUAACUGAUUAUAUAAUUAUGGUAAAAAAUCAAGCUAGAGUAUUUUUGGGUGGUCCUCCUUUAGUUAAAAUGGCUACAGGUGAAAUUGUUGAUGCUGAAAGUUUAGGUGGAGCUGAUAUGCAUAGUAGAAAAUCUGGUCUUUCUGAUCAAUUAGCUUUAGAUGAAUUUGAUGCUAUACAUAAAGCAAGAGAAUUUAUUUCAAGACUUAAUUGGUCAAAAAAAGGAAAAAUUCCUUCUACUCAUUUUCUUGAUCAAAUUGAAGAACCUUUAUAUGAUGUUGAUGAACUUCUUGGAAUUGUAUCAUCAAAUAUAAAAAUACCAUUUGAUGUUAAUGAAGUUAUUAAUCGUAUAGUAGAUGGAUCAAGAUUUUCAGCAUUUAAACCUUUAUAUGGAUCAAAUCUUAUUGCAGGUUGGGCUUUUAUUCAUGGAUUUCAAGUGGGUAUAAUUGCAACCAAUAAUGUGAUAUUUACUCAAGAAGCAAAUAAAGCUACUCAAUUCAUUCGUUUAUGUAACAUGACAAAUACACCACUUUUAUUUCUUCAAAAUACUACUGGAUUUAUGGUAGGAAAGAAAUAUGAAGAAGAAGGUAUAAUUAAAGCUGGUUCCCAUUUUGUAAAUGCUGUUAGUAAUAGUGAGGUACCAGCUAUUACAAUUAUGAUGGGUGCUUCUUAUGGAGCUGGAAAUUAUGCAUUAUGUGGUAGAUCUUAUAAUCCAAGGUUUUUAUUCUCUUGGCCAAAUAGUAAAUGUUCUGUAAUGGGUCCAGAACAAUUAACAGGAGUUAUGGAUAUUAUUGCUAGAGAAUCUGCUGAAAGACAUGGUAAAAAAUUUAAUGAAGAAGCAGCUCAAGCAAGUAAAACAAUGUUAGCAAGUAUAGUAGAGGAGGAAUCUGAUGUUUAUUGGACAACAUCAAGAGUUUUUGAUGAUGGAGUUAUAGAUCCAAGAAUGACUAGAGUAAUUAUAGGUUUUUGUUUAAGUGUGAUUUAUAAUGAAAAAGUUAAAGGUGGUUCCUUGGGUGGUGUUAGUAGAAUGUAA